AAAAACAUAUUUACACUAAAAAAAAUUCUUAAUUUCAUUUUUAUGUUUCUUUUUCCUUAGUCCAUCAAUCACACCAUAUAUGCAUCAAGCUAAACUUCAUGUAACAUUAUGUCUUUAAUCAUAAUGAGUAUAAUUUUCCAUGUUUAUCAUAUACUUAUAUAUUUUUCUCAAAUUUCUCUAGCAAUUAACUCAAUAUCUCAAUCCAUUUCCUUAAUAGAUGAUGGAAACACCUUAGUUUCCAAAGGUGGAAUCUAUGAACUUGGAUUCUUCACACCAGGAAAUUCCAACAAACGUUAUCUUGGAAUUUGGUACAAGAAAAUUCCAAUUCAAACAGUUGUUUGGGUUGCAAACAGAAACAAUCCAAUCAAUGAUUCAUCAGGAACAUUAUCAUUAAACAACAUCACUGGAAACCUUAUCCUCACUAAGAAUAAUGGUUCUGUUGUUUGGUCUACAACAUCGAAUUCUCUUCGGAAAAAACAAGAGAAACCGGUAGUAGCAUUUCUUUUAGAUACCGGAAAUCUUGUGCUAAUCGAUGAGAAUGAAGAAAACAAAGAAUCUUUCUUGUGGCAGAGUUUUGAUUAUCCAACAGAUACUUUCUUACCAGAAAUGAAGUUUGGUUUGGACUUCAAAACCGGUCUUAAUCGACGUUUAACUGCUUGGAAAAGUCCCGAUGAUCCAUCACCGAGUGAUUUUUCUUUCGGUAUGGUUCCACAUAACAAUCCUGAUGCAUAUAUGAUGAAGGGUGAUAAAAAGUUCUACAGAAGUGGACCAUGGAAUGGUUUGCAUUCAAGUGGUUCGCCACAAGUUAGGCCGAAUCCAAUUUAUGAUUACAGGUUUGUUUACAAUAAGGAUGAACUUUACUACACUUAUAGCCUAAAAAACUCGUCUGCUGUCACGCGGUUAGUUUUAAAUGCAACUGCGUCUGUUCGUUAUCGUUAUGUGUGGAUUGAAUCGGCGAAAAGAUGGGAAAUCUACACGUCGGUACCAUUGGAUUUAUGUGAUAGUUAUGCACUAUGUGGAGCUUAUUCAAGUUGUGUUAUUUCUGAUUCACCUGUGUGUCAAUGUAUGAAAGGUUUUAAACCUAAGUCGCCGCAAGCAUGGUAUGCGAUGGAUUGGUCUAAUGGAUGCGUACGAAAUAAGGCGUUGCUUUGCGAGGAGAAAAACAAGGAUGGAUUUGUGAAGUUAAGUGGUAUGAAAGGGCCUGACACUACAAAUAGUUGGUUGGAUCAAACAAUUGGUUUGGAGGAAUGUAGAGUGAAGUGUUUGGAUAAUUGUUCUUGUAUGGCAUAUGCAAAUUCAGAUGUAAGAGGUGAAGGAAGUGGUUGUGCUUUGUGGUUUGGUGAUUUAACUGAUAUUAGACAGUUUGCAGCUGGAGGGCAAGACUUGUAUGUUAGAAUGGAUUCUUCAGAAUUAGAACAUGUCAAUGUGGGUCACAAGAAGAAAGGAGUUAUAGUGGCAGUAAUAGUUUCUCUUGCCAUAGCAAUAUUUUGUGGUAUACUCAUACUUGGUUGGUGUUAUAGACAGAAAUCAAGCACUUAUGUAAAAGAUAAAUCAGAUUUCAGUAUCAAAGAAGAUCAUCAAAACAGUGGGAUGCAGGUGGAUGAUGGAGAUUUACCAGUCUUUAACUUGUCAACAAUAGCAAAAGCCACUAACAACUUUACAAUCAGUAACAAAAUUGGAGAAGGUGGUUUUGGACCUGUAUACAAGGGAAUUCUAACUGAUGGAGUGGAAAUUGCUGUGAAAAGGCUUUCAACAAGCUCAGGCCAAGGGUUGAAUGAGUUUAAAAACGAAGUAAAAUUGAUUGCGAAACUUCAACAUCGAAAUCUUGUAAAGCUUCUUGGUUGUUGCCUUGAAGGAGAAGAAAAAAUGUUGGUUUAUGAAUACAUGCCUAAUAGUAGCUUGGACUCCUUUAUUUUUGAUAAGCAGAAAAGUGAAUUACUCGAUUGGUCAAAGCGUUUCGACAUUAUAUGUGGAAUUGCUAGGGGACUUGUCUAUCUUCAUCAGGAUUCGAGACUAAGGAUUAUUCACAGAGAUCUAAAGUUGAGUAAUGUUUUACUAGAUAAGGAAAUGAAUCCCAAAAUUUCAGAUUUUGGCAUGGCUAGAAUUUUCGGAGGAGAUCAAAAUGAAGGAAACACCAGGAGAAUAGUUGGAACAUAUGGUUACAUGGCACCAGAAUAUGCUACAGAUGGUUUAUUUUCAGUGAAGUCAGAUGUCUUCAGCUUCGGUGUUUUGUUGAUGGAGAUUAUAUCGGGGAACCGAAGCAGAGGAUACUAUAAUCAAAACCAAAGUCACAAUCUCAUAGGCUAUGCAUGGAAACUUUGGAAAGAAGGAAGACCAUUAAAAUUGAUUGAUAAAAACAUAGGAGACUCUUGUUUUAUAUCACAAAUAUUACAUUGCAUUCAUGUUAGUCUCUUGUGUGUUCAACAAAAUCCAGAGGAUAGACCUAUAAUGUCAUGUGUGAUUCUAAUGUUGGUAAGUGAUUUUGAAUUGCCUGAACCAAAACAGCCAGGAUUCUUUUUGAAAGAUUCAAGUGAAGGAGAGUCAUCCACAAGUAAGCAACUGCUAAGUUCCACAAAUGAAAUAACAAUUACAUUAUUGGAGGCUAGAUGAUGAUUUUUAUCCUAAGAUAUCAUUGUUGUAUAUUUGAAGAAUAUUGUAGUGGAAAUUCAGAUUGAUUGUAAGUGACUAAAUAGUGGUUAUGCCUUUCUUUCUAAAGAUCUUAGAGAGUUCGGAAAAUUUAA